AUGUCUAUAAACAUUGUCCAAGGCGCGGCCUUGGUUUGUCUUGGCUGGAGCUGUAUUGUCUUUCUCGUCCAAGUUGUUGGCAUCACCAAGCUAUGCCGCAACCACACCACACCUCUUCCGCCUCCCACUUCGCCUUCAUUGCCCGAAACUGAGGUCCCCCACGUUACCGUCAUCCGGCCCGUCAAGGGCGUAGACGUAGGCCUAUACGAAUGCCUCGCCUCGACCUUCCGGCUCGCCUACCCCAAGUCCAAGCUCUCGAUCCGGCUCUGCGUCGAUUCCAAGAACGACCCGGCCUACGCCGUCCUCUGCCAGCUCGUGGCCGACUUCCCCACCUUCGACGCGCAGGUUCUCGUCGAGGAAGAAGACCCGAUCCUCCACGGUAGUGCCGGGCACGUCAACAGCCUAGGCCCGAACCCCAAGAUCCGCAACAUCAGCCGCGCAUACCGCGAAGCCAAGGGCGACGUCAUCUGGAUCGUGGACUGCAACGUCUGGGUAGCCAAGAACGCGGCAGGCAGGAUGGUCGACAAGCUCUUCGGCUUCGAAGCCAACGGCGGCAGGGCAACCCCCUACAAAUUCGUCCACCAGCUCCCCCUCGUGGUAGACCUAGACAACAUCCCCUCCUCUGGUGCUGGUACCAGCGCCGUCAAGACCUCAAGAACCGAAGGACAAUCCCUCCUGCCCUCUAGCAUCACAUCCAGAACUACCUCGGAACCGCAAGGCCUGCUCACCCACGGCGGCCGCCUCGAGGAAAUGUUCAUGUCCACCACCCACGCCAAGUUCUACAGCGCCAUCAACACCGUCAGCCUAGCCCCUUGCAUCGUCGGCAAGUCCAACAUGUUCCGCAAGUCGCACCUGGACAGUUUCACCACCGUCUCCUCCAACCCCCUCUUACGCUCUUCGGACUCAACCCGCGGCACCGGCAUCGAUUUCUUCUCGUCGUAUAUCUGCGAAGACCACCUAAUCGGCGACUUAAUAUGGCGCUCUUCCUCUCCCGGCUACAAAAACCACGGUUUGGUGUCUGGCGAAGUAGCCGUCCAGCCCAUGGCGGGCAUGUCCGUCGCCGCGUACAUUGCCCGGCGCGUGCGCUGGUUGCGGGUGAGGAAGUGGACGGUUCUUGCGGCUACGUUGGUGGAGCCCGGCGUGGAGAGCUUGGUGUGUUGUGCGUAUUUCGCCUUUGCGGUGACUACGCUGCCGUGGUUCAACAGGACUUUCGGUGUGCCGCAGACGUGGGGAGCUAUGGCGGCGUUGUGGUUGGGCGCGGUAGCGAUUUGGAUAUCGAUUGAUCGGUGGGUGACCAGCAAGCUGUUCAGGCUGCAGAGCUUGGAUGUGGAUGAGGACACGCCCUUUUUCGCCAGGGGCACGGCGAGACAAGGGGGCACGGUGCAGAGGCCGUUUAAAGAGUGGAUUGCUGCGUGGUUGGGGAGGGAACUCCUGGCGCUGCCGAUCUGGACGACAGCCGUUUUGUUGGGCACAACCGUCAGAUGGAGGGGCAGGCAGUUCAGGGUGAGGAUAGAUAUGAGUGUGGUGGAGGUGGAGGAUAGGAAGAGCCGCGCUGCUGAUGUUGGUGGGAGCAAGCCUAGACUGAGGGUGGCGGGUUCGCCGGAUAGCAAAGAUCGCGUGGAUUGA